GGAUAGUCGGAUGUUGGAUCAUCCUCUCCGCCACACAGAGUCAGAAACAAAGAUCGCAGGUGAAGAAGACCAAUGGGUUCGUGCGUCUCCCGCUCCGGGGCGGUGUCGUCGGAGGCGGCGGCGGAGUCCGUGCGCGCGCUCACGGCCAAGGUCGUGGGCCUCGACGGCUCCCUGGCGCAGUUCGCGGCGCCCGUCACGGCGCACGAGGCUCUGGCCGCCACCGCCGCCGGCACAGCGCCGUCGUCGCCGCGCACGCGCUUCCUCUGCUGCUCCGACGAGCUGGACUUCGACGCGCCCGUCCGCGCGCUGGGCGCGCGCGACGCGCUCCAGCCCGGGCAGCUCUACUUCGCGCUGCCGGUCGCCAUGCUCGGACGGCCGCUGUCCGCCCAGGACAUGGCCGAGCUCGCCGCCAGGGCCGCCGCGGCUCUAGGGACGGCGCCCGUCGUCGUCGCCACCGCGGGUUCGGGCCGUGUCGCCGCCGGCGUGCCGUCGCGGGGCAGGAGUAAGGCCGGCGCGGCCAGCAGCAAGCUGCAGCGACGGCAGACUACGGGGCGGCGAGUCGCGCCGCUCGUCGACGUCAUCGUGACCGCGCACGCGGACGGUGGAUGGAAGAGCGACCACGUGCGCGGGGGAUCAUACGGCGAAGCGGCCAAGGCGGAGUCUGGCGACCGAACCGUGGGGAAGACGAGGUGGGGAGUCGGCCACAGAGGUGCCGCUCCUCGCCCUGUUGCGGCGGUGCAGAGAUUGAGCGCGAUCGCGGAAGCAGCUAGUGAGUGAUCCAUUGAUCAGCAGUACUAGUUUUUGAUCAUGGCUAGCCAGUCAAUUUAGUUCGGGUGGUCCCCCCUUCCAUCUGCGAGGAGACCGAUCUACAGUAGCAUGUACAGUACAGUUCUGAUUCUUUGUUAUUAGUACACAUGUUCGUUUGGAUCUCUCACGAGUAAAAUUGGUGAUUGAUCAAUGGAGUUGGGAAUGAUUUUUUUU